AUGGCCGACAGCCAGAACAACACAGCGCCCGACAAUGGUGCAGCACCCGCCAAUGAUCCUGCCCCCACCAGUGAUCCUGUUAUCGUGGCCAACGACGAUGUCACAGACGAUGCCACGUCAGACGCAGCAACCAGCUUGGCAUCCCCGACCACGAGCUUGGCCAGCUCGAUCCCCAAGCACCGCAUCGAGAACGGAAGGACCUACCUCAAGUACAAGGACGGCAGUGAGCCUUCCCCCGCUUUAUGA